AAUUAGAUUUUGACAAUUUUUCAACAUUUUUGAAUGCAAUUUGUAACUUUAUACUUAGAAACUAAAAUGCCCAAAACUUGUAAAUAUUUUAAAUAUAGCUAAACCUUAUUGUCUUCUGCUAAAAAUAAAUAAAUAAUAACCCUUCGGGUAAGAUUAACCCCACCCUUUGGAUUUCUUAUUCAAUGUUAAUUUGGUUAACUUGUAUGGGAAAACACAUGUGAAUCUAAGAGUUUAUUUAAAAAUUCUUGUGCUAGGCAUUACUAUUGACGUUUACAAAACUUACAGGACUAAUUAUCCUUAAAGAGGCCACCAGUACAGGGCCAGGUCACAUUCAUACAGACUGACCAUAGCUCAUUUGUACAAAUACAUUAAAUAUCUAAUAACAAUCCCUGAUACUUUGAAUGAACUGUUCCAAAUUCACAGCUGAGCAAAACCAUUUCAUAAAUUUAGCAGCUAAUGGGUGAAAUAGACUAAAGACAGGUUGAAUAUAUUUUGGUUACUUACUCAAUGUACAUGUUGAGCUUCUAGAGAUGUGUUUGUGGAAGAUUUCAUGAAGUUCUAAAGGUGAACUUAUUCAUGUUAACUAUGUCAAAUAAUUAAUAAAGAGUGAGAACAGUUAAAAUUUCUUUAUUCUAUGAUUUUCCGUGUAUUACUGAUUUAUCCGUGAAAAUUAUAUUUGAUAAUUUCACAGUGAAAAUUAUCGAAAUAUAAUUUCACACUAUUCAAUGAGGAAACUACUUUUUUUUAAGAUUUUCCCGAUGUGAUACCUCAAUUUUAUUUUUGCUGACAAUUCUGACCAUGUCAGGCUGUUUAAAGAAAAGCCAAGAUGAAAUUGAUAAAUAACUUAAAUGUCAAAAGUAAUAAAAAGAAGAAAACUAACUUCUAUUCAUCCAAAUUACCAAUCACCAAAUAUCAUGUCUUAUAUUUUUUGUUUCAUUCUUACAGUCUAAAAAAUACAUUCCUUCCACAUGCAAAACUGCUUUUGGUGACAUUUGGGCAUAUUUAAGUAUCCCACGAGCAAUAACUGCCGUAUGCUUUAUGAAAACUUGAAAAGCAAUGACAGCCAUCAGCCCGAAGAAUAAGUAAACAACCCAGUAUUCGUAAGGCAGCAUUUGAACUAUUUGAACAAGUUUUCCUUUUUCCUAGCCGCUUUUUGAAUGUUUUAACAUCUGCCAACAUUUAAUUUUUGUCUGUCACAAUCCUCAAAUAGGUUUUCUUUCUUUUUAAAAGGUGUAUGGCUCACAAAUCCAAAUGAUAUCCCUCAAAAUCAAACACAGUUAUUUUCCUCCCUUGAAAUACACAACUUAAAACAAAUGGCGGCCGCUUACAUUUAACAAAGCCAUGUCUAAUAUAAAUUCGCAGUAAGUAACAGAAAUAUGGAUGGAUGGUUCGACUUUUUCUUCUACUAGAAUUGUUUUUUUUUUUUUUAUUAAAACAAGCGAUCAUUCAUAUUUUUUUAAUAAAAUGAAUAAUUUCACCGUCAUUUAACGUUGAUUGUCGAACUUAUUGUUCAGCCCAAGACGUCUUGUAUUUAAUGAGAAAUUCCGACUAAAUGAGGCUCUCAAUGGGGAAAGAGAUUUUAAUAUUAACGUCAAUAUUAUGGAAAUUUCGUUUUAACUUGUUUUUAAGCAUAAAAUAAAAAGAAAAGUUGUUUGUUUGUUGUGUAAGAUGUAAUUUAUUUCAUCUCGUGCACUUAAAAUACAGUAUUCUCACUCGUCGCUACGUCACUCGUGAACAUUUCUGUUUUUAAAGCGCACUAGAUGAAAUAAAAUUUCAUCUUACACACAAACAAACAAAUAUCCUCUAUAUAAUUUAAGAAAGGACAUUUUCAUAACUACCAUCUCAAUAGAUAUUAAGAAAUUGCUAUUUAUGAUAAACGGUUCAAACGCUGUUGUUUCCUUGAGUAAGAAAAUUGUUCAUGCCUAGCUUUAACAAAGACUUAUAUUAUGAAGCUUAUAGCUCUGUGUUUUCAGGGACUGAUUUGAGACAAUGUCUAUAUUUUCUACGCAAUCAAACUAAAGUAAAUUCUGUAUAAAAUGAAUUUAAGUUUCCUUACAAAAAUGUAUUUCUUAUACGCGCCGAUUAAUGUCGUAAAACCUGUGUAACAAUUCAGUACCAUAUACCGCAUUUUUAUCAUUUUGAAUGUCGUUUAAGCUUAAAAAAAGCAUUUCAGUAAUAGAAGUUGUAAUAGAAAGUUUAUAAAUGACAACGUUUUGUUGAUACGAUAUACCUGGAUACACAUUUGGAAAUAACGAAAGAAACCUAAAAUCCGAAAAACAAAGAACCAAAAGUAAGCUUUCUUAUCUCAAAAAUACGUUGACAAACAUUUAUAAUAAACAAACCAUUCAAAAGUCAAAGUUCGGGGCCGCUUUGGCUUGCCCGGCUAUAGACUACACGUGUAUAUUUUGAAAGAAAAAAAAGAGAAAAGAUAUAGAAUUCUAUACAUAUCAGCGAAAUUUUCAGUGUCAUUUCUUGUUGGGCACCGUAACGCAAUGAUAGACGGCGAGUUAUCCGAUAAUUGACAAAUCGCAACUUUUCGGCCUAUAAGAUAACGAUAAAAGCCGAAAAAUUAUGGGCAGCCCUCAUGGAUGGGAAACUUAAUAAGACAGGAAACCAGAACAAACCGAAGCGGUGUAUAUAUACCGAAUGACACUUUUAAAACGGAAAAUGUAAAAUAAAAAUACCGACUUCCCUGUUCAAAGGCUUUGCCUAAUUUCAUAUUAUAGAAUUAUAUUACAAAGUAGAAGGAGUCAUGGUUAAACAUAACUUAAGUAUCUGAAACUUAAGAACUGAGGAAUGUAGAUAGUUCGUUUCCAGACCUCCUUUUGAUUAAUUAAAAAUUAGACUUAUAUACCAUGUCAGAAAAAUCCUUAAUGUUAUUUUACUUAUUUUACAAUGGCCAAUCAUAUUCCGAGAUUUCGGAAUGUAAUUUUAAAAUGACCGAUGGAAUUUUUACAUAUAUUGAAAGUUAAACCGAAAACAGACGGCUUCCGGUAAAAAAAAUGAUUGGAUAAAACUUAGAAAUGUAUAACGUCAGAGUUAUGUUCCAGUUUUUAAGAACUUGUUUAUCCUGAAGAGUACAGAUAAUAAUUAUCAGUCUUGCUCUUGAUAUUAUUGCUAAAUAUUCAUCCAAAAAUGAAGGUUAUAUAUUGAGAAAGCAUUAAAUGCUCUUUCUCUAUUUGAGACUAUCUUGUUCGAAACGAAAGUAUACAUAGGACCUCAACUAAAACUCAAAAUUCAUUUCUUUUGUUGAUUUUUAAUGAGUUAUUAAUUCUGAGUAAAUUGAUUAUUGACUUUUUUUUGUAUAUUAUUAUUUGUAUAGUUGAAUGUUUUAAGUGUACACUGCUUGCUGCAAAAUUAUAAGGUACUUUUAAUGUUGAUAGAACAAAGCAAAUGAAUUGCCUGAGUUUUGAAUGAGUUUUUACAGGCUUAGGUGCCUAAAAUGUUUUUGUUUGUUAUUAUUUCAUUUUUGUAUUUCAUAUUUAUAUCUUGUAAAUUGGAAAUGAAGAGAAUACUUUUUAUUUGCUAAAUGUUCUUACAAAUAUAUUUCACUUAAUUUCUUUUUCAUCUCUUAAAUAGGAUCUCGUGUCCAAAUGUUUGAACGUCGAGAUAAAAGUCAACAAUACUUUAUAUGGAUUGAUGCAGCAAAUGUUUGUUUUGCAAAUCGAAUGUUUCAAACAGAUUAUUCAAAUGCAAAGGACGUAGAUGAACACCGAGUAUCUCAACUGUGGACUGGAAUGUUUAAAACAAAAAUAGUUUACAAAUACAAUUCAAACAUUCCUGCUGAACGAUCUCACGAUCGAAAAAUUUAUGGCUACUUAACUAGAAAUGUUGGAGAUGGAGUGACUUUGCAAUUUACUGAAAUAGAUUCGAGACAUAGAAGACUCUGCGAUGUCGGAAAAGAAGUUGAAAAUCAAAAUUCAACUCGUUCAACUGCCUCUUCUUCUACUAUAGAUGGAAACGAAAAAGAAGUUAAAAAUGAAAAUUCAACUAGUUCAACUGCAUUUCCUACUACAAUUGAUGGAAACGCCGAGAGUUCAUCUGAAAAGUACGUUAUCAUCGGAGUUUGUGUGUCUGUAUUACUGCUUUCUUUGAUCAUAGUAUCGCUGGCUUGUUUCUAUAGACAUAGGUAACAGAAUUAUUUAGACUGUAGCUUUU